GGUGUUUAGUGAAGUAGGAAGGAGAGAGGAAGCGUAUGUUUACAUGGUACGAUGAUUCCGCGGCUGUGAUGGCACUUACACUGGUAUCCAUCUUAAUUGCUGCCAUUCAUGUGGCCUGCUGCCAUCAUACUACCUUCCAGAACCUGGAGGGAACUAAAAACCGAACCUCCAUUAAGUUCCUGGCUGUAGGAGACUGGGGCGGAGUGCCUUAUCCCCCCUACGUCACCGCUGUGCAGAAGGCUACUGCUCGCGAAAUGAGCAAAGUCGCAGAGCAGAUGGGAGCUGACUUUGUUCUGUCCCUUGGUGACAACUUCUACUAUAAAGGUGUAGAUGGCGUGGAUUCUCCUCGCUUUCAGGACACUUUUGAGACCGUGUACACGGCAAAGUCUCUCAAAGUCCCCUGGUAUGUGCUUGCUGGCAAUCAUGACCAUGCGGGGAGCGUAAAAGCCCAGAUCGAGUACAGCCAGAAAUCUGACCGAUGGACGUUCCCCUCUUACUAUUACGAGCUGAACUUCCGGAUCCCAAACACGGGUAAGACCUUGACCAUCAUCAUGCUCGACACCAUAAUGCUGUGCGGCAACUCUGACGACUUUGUGGACGAGAAGCCCCGAGGCCCCCUGCGGGCAGUGGAGGCCAACCGUCAGCUAACUUGGCUGCAGAAGAGGCUGGCUCGGUCCACGGCGGACUUCCUGUUGCUGGCCGGCCACUACCCUGUGUGGUCAGUGUCCGAACACGGGCCCACAGAGUGUCUGCUGCAGAGGCUCCGUCCGCUGCUCAAAAAGUACAAUGCCACUGCUUACCUCUGCGGCCAUGACCACAAUCUGCAGUACAUUGAAGAGUCUGGUGUGGGCUACGUGGUGAGCGGUGCUGGAAACUUCCUGGAUCCAGAUAUCAGUCACUGGAACCAAGUUCCCAAAGGUUCUGUGAAGUUCUUCACGGGAAAAGCUUCAACACUGGGAGGCUUUGUCCACGCAGAAGUCACGAAGAACACUAUGAUCCUGACCUUCGUCCAGGCAAAAGGCACCUCUCUCUAUCGCACCGUCCUCCCCCAAAGGACCUUUGAGUAGACCAGCUCUUCACAAACUUUCAAGUAGUUUUAGUCUGUGGUGUCGUUUGGCAUCAAAGAAAUGGCUGUUUAAUCCUGUGUUUUUAAACUUUGGCAUUAAUAUUGUAAAGAAAUGCAUAAUGUGUAUUUAAAAAUGAAUGGUGGUUUUGCAUGUAAAUUUAUUGUAAUAAAAUAAUUGGUUUUGUAAAGAAUGCGUCUUGUUUUAAAGACUCUUUCACAUGUAGUGUAUAGAAGCGCUUGAUGUCCUCUGCAAACAUGACUUGGUGAUCUGCUUAGUUUGUUACGUUUAUUUGUGCCACAAACACAGUAGCUGCUUUGUUCUCUUUAUGGUUAAUCAGGUGAGAUACUAUGACCUUGCAGUUAU